UAGUCAGCAGCAGUUCACACAUGACACAACAACAACAUUAGUUUAGUUUAGUUUUGGUCUUCUCCCCCAUCUUCCCCACCCAAUCUCUCUCUCUCUCUCCCAUGGCCACUCUCUCUCUCCUCUCUCUCCCAUCUCUCCACCGCAAGACAACCCCCCACCUCUCUCUCCGGCCCCACACAACCCCCUCUCCCUCCUUCAUCACCUUCUCCUCUCCCUCCCCAUCUCCCCCAACUCUCUCCCAAGACGACCUCAAAAAACUCGCCGCCGACAAGGCCGUCGACUACGUCAAAUCCGGCAUGGUCCUCGGCCUCGGCACCGGCUCCACCGCCGCCUUCGUCGUCUCCAAGCUCGGCGAACUCCUCGCCAACAACGCCCUCACUGACAUUGUAGGUAUCCCCACUUCUCAACGCACUUAUGAACAAGCAUUGUCUCUUAACAUUCCUUUAUCGACUCUCGAUGCUCAUCCGCAUCUCGAUUUAGCAAUCGACGGUGCGGAUGAGGUGGACCCUGAUUUGAAUUUAGUCAAGGGCCGUGGAGGUGCCCUUUUGAGGGAGAAGAUGGUGGAGGCUGCUUCCGAUAAGUUUGUUGUAGUUGUGGAUGAUUCCAAGCUUGUUAGCGGGCUCGGUGGGAGUGGACUUGCAAUGCCGGUUGAGGUUGUGCAGUUUUGUUGGAAGUAUAAUUUGGUCAGGUUGCAAGAUAUGUUUAAGGAUCAAGGGGUAGAGGCCAAAUUAAGAUUAGAUGGGGAGAAACCGUAUGUCACGGAUAAUAUGAACUAUAUUGUGGAUUUGUAUUUCAAGACUCCGAUCACGGAUGCUCCUGCUGCUGGGAAAGAGAUUUCGAGUUUGGAAGGUGUGGUGGAACAUGGGCUGUUUCUUGAUAUGACCACUGCAGUGAUUAUUGCUGGUAGUGAUGGAGUUAGUGUUAAGAGCAAGUGAUUUAUGGUGAGAAAUUCAGAACUGUGUUUUAAUUGUGGAAGGUUUUCGUGAAUUUGUUGUAACUUAAUAUAUGUGAUAUAUGAAUAAAGUUUUGAUUGUUUGUACAAUUUUGGGUCAAAAUUGAAUAAAUGUACACUGAUUUACUUUGA